AGAAAAAAGUAAUAUAAAAAUGGCUCUUGAACCUUUGUUGGAAAUGGAUCACGAUUUUGUUAAAUUAAAUCAAUUAUACGACGAGUGUCUCGAUUAUUUAGAAAAAUCUAAAUACAAUGAUACAGAAAGCGAAGAAAGUGAUCAUAAUGAUUACGAAACUGUAGAAGAAGAUAAUAAAGAUAAAGAAAUAAAUAAUCCUGAAAUCGGUUUUAAAGUUGUCAAUGAAUUAAAAUCAAUGGAAAGUUUAAAUUCAAGUGAAACGAAAUCGGAAAGAUUAAGAAAAUUAUCCCAACAAUUGCCGAAAAUAAUAAUAACACAGAGUAAUAAUAGUUUGAAUUUAAAACGUGAUGAUGAAAAACAUUUAGUUGAUAAUCAUUUGCCGGUGAAGAAUUACUUGAAGAAACCACAUACUGAUAGUCAUAAAUUUAUGAAUGAUGCGAAACAUCAGCCGUUCUUCCGCAAUCGAACGGCUUAUGGUGACUUCCCUAAACGAUUGGUCUCUAAGAACGGAGUCGAGAAUGUGGCUUUGAUCUCUAACGUUCCAUUCGAGAAGAUUCGACUGCUCAACGAUACUUUCCAUACAUUGAUAAAUCUCCGCUGGCGUUGGAUCGUAAUAGGUACUGUAGUGGUUCACUUCGCUAUCUGGUUGGUGUUCGCCGUCUUCUGGUAUGUGACAGCGCUAGCACACUACGACUUCGAGCCGGACCCGCCGUCACGCAGUUGUGUCACCGGCGGCAAGGAUUUUGUCACUAUAUUCCUUGCCUCGGUUGAAGCUCAGACGACAAUAGGUUUUGGAGAUCGAGCUAUUGACGAAGAAUGUCCUGAGUCGAUAUUUCUUUUCAUCAUGCAGUUAAUCCUGGGUACUGGUCUAUCGGGUGUACUGACUUGCGUGGUUUACGCUAAGCUAACUAGGCCGGAGAAAUUGUCCAGAGAUGGCGUUGGCUUCAGUAAGAAAGCUGUUGUGUCAUUGCGCGAUGGCAAGUUGUGCCUAAUGUUCCGCGCCUGGGACCUCAACUACGACCAUAUCAUCAGCUCUGAAUUCACCGCGCACUUUGUCAGCACUUACCGCACUAAGGAGGGCGAGGUGGUGCGCUACUUGGCGCGCUCGCUGCCGCUGCAGCAGCGUCAGUUCUUGCUGUGGCCGGUGACAUUACUACACGUUAUAGAUUGCAACUCCCCGCUUUAUAAUUACACGCCGCAGGACUUUGCUAAUAAUAGUUACGAGAUCACAAUCAGUCUGAAGGGUGCGUCUGCAUCAAUGGGCACUUUCACCCAAAGUCAGACCUCUUACCUGCCGCGGGAGGUGCUUUGGGGACAUCGCUUCCCACCAGUCGUUAAAUACGACCCUCGUAAGCAGAAGUAUGUGGUAGACUACGCAAGUCUGGACGUAACACAAGCAGUUGAUACACCACUUUGCAGCGCACAACAACUUUACAGUUCCAGUACAUCCAGCAAGGAGAGCGCCUGUCCCGGUACUCCGGGCAGCUUCAGUGAGAAACUUUCCACAUUCCAUCUUGAGAGGACGUCUUCUUUCAAAAGGAGGGACAAAUCUUAGAAUUAACUUUGCGACAUUGUUGAUGUUUUUGAUAUUUUCACGUAUAUAAAUGUUUGAUUUUUAUAUCAAUUCCAUUGUGAUCUGUUGAACGAAUGAACUGAUUUUC